UCCGACAAGUAGAAGUCCGAAUAGACGGCAGGAAUUUUUGUGGAUAAAAUAUAUAAGACUUUUUAAAAUUUGUCAUUAAAAUGUCCUCGAAAGCGCUUGCAAAGCCGCUUAUUCGUCAAGUAACGACCAGGGGCUACGCCCAAGCAGCUCCAGCUGUGAAAAGAGACGUAAGAAUUCAAUCCUGCGUUCUGCCCAACAAAACAUUUGUUGCUGCCUUGGAUAAUGGUUCGCCAGUAGCCCGAGUGACUGUAGCCUUCAAGGCAGGCUCUCGCUAUGAACCUCAAUCAGAGUUAGGUGCUGCUCAUCUGCUCCGUUCUGCAGCUGGACUAACCACAAAAAAUGCUUCUGCAUUCAUCACUUCACGUAAACUAGCUCAAAUUGGUGCAACUUUCAGUGCCUCUGGUGAUCGCGAGUUUAUAUACUACACUAUUGAAGCUACUCAAGACCACCUACAGCAGGCUAUCGAGCACUUGAACAAUCUUGUGUCAAACCAGGAGUUCAGACCUUGGGAACUAAGUGACAAUAUUCCCCGUCUUAGGUACGACCUUGCGGCACUUCCUCCUCAGAUUCGUGCAGUUGAUUUGUUGCACAAAGCUGCAUACCGUCGUGGGCUCGGUAACUCCCUCUUCAUCUCUCCAAAAAAUAUUGGAAAGAUCAGUUCUGAGUCUCUACAGCACUUUGCUUCAAGUACCCUGACACCUGGUCGCUGUGCUGUAACUGUAAUUGGCAAUAGCCAGGAAAAUGCUACUCUAGUUGCCCAAGCACUACAGCUACCAACUAGCAGUGAGGCCCAAAGUGAUGCUUCCAAAUAUUACGGAGGAGAACUAAGAAAGGAAAUGGGUGGUGACCUAGCUCAUGUGGCUUUGGCUGUACAAGGUGCUCCUGCAGGCUCACCCCAAAGCCUUGCUCUUGCAGUGGCUGCUAAAGCUCUUGGCAAUGGCCCCGUUACCAAAUGGGGAGCUGACAACACACCUCUUGCUAAAGCGAUUGGUAACAUCGGACCAUUUGCUGCUGCUGGUUUUAAUGUUUCUUACUCUGAUAAUGGUCUGUUUGGAGUGGUGCUCUCUGUACCUAAAGAUGAAGCUACAGCUGCCGUCAAAGCCGCUGGCAACCUUUUGAAGAAUGCUAACUUGAGUGCUGAUGCUAUUAAGGCUGGUAAAAACCAGUUGAAACUGCAAGUAUUGUCUGAAGCAGAAAAUGGCACGUCACUUGCUGAGUCUAUUGCCACUCAAGGCUUAUAUACCGGAGCGGUUAAGUCCCCAGCUGAAGUUGCUAAAGAUAUCGACCAACUUUCAAACAAUGAUAUUUCUCAGGCCCUCUCAAAUGCAGCAAAGAACAAAGUUUCCAUGGGCGCAGCUGGAAACCUGACCCUUGUCCCAUAUGUUGAUGAGCUAUAAAGCCUAUCUUAGUUAUAGAUAGUAGGAAAUCAAAAUAAACAUAAAUAACUGCAAUCAAAAUAUUACCAAUUCAUUAUAGACCAUUGUUUAAUAUAAUUUAUUUAUGUAUUAAAUAAACAAAUUGUUUAUUUCAAUGA